AUACGAGUACCCCGCUCCACAGCUUUUAUAACCAUAGGCGCGUCUUCACGGGUCAGUAGAAGCCGUGCUGUAGGAAAACUGUCGAGUCGCCAGUUUCAGAGCCAGUCGAGUACCAUGUCCCUUGCCGAAGGCGCCUCCGACACAGAACACAGACCGGACGACGACAAAACUAAGAAGGAAAAGAAUAGAGGAUCGAUGUCUGACUCGUACAUGUGGAAGGAGCAGAUCCAUACGAUGAUGAAAGCGGACAGCGAGUCCGACAUAUCCGACUGUGAACAUUUCCUUACCAAAGGCGCCUUCCUCAUCACACCUUCCCAUGGCCUGAGCAUGGAGAAGGCAUCAGCUAUCUGCGAGAAGAUGGAGUUCAAGGGUUGCUUCUCCCUCACCAAAACCGCUACCGGCAUCCUCUUCAAAUUCUCCAGCGUGGACGAUUACCAGAUGGUAUUUAAGAAGGGCUUCCAUAAAGUUACUGGUUCGCGAUUUUACAGAAAGAUCGCGAUACCGUGUCGUCCCCAGAAGACGUUUACAGUGUACGUGUACGACAUCCCGGACGAGAUCCCCGAGGAGGACGUCCGACAUGCGCUCUACAAGUUCAACUCGGUCGUCGAGGUCGUCCGGAUGCACUUCGUCGGGUCGCCGCGUGAAGGGAACACUGGUACAUCCACACCGAAACCCAUCGACAAAACUCCACCGCGGGGUAUGACCACCAUCGACGGAGAACUGGUCAGCAGCAUGGUGCCGAAAGAAGCGACCAGCAUCAUCAGAGUGACCCUCGCCAAUAUAGAGGAAGCGAAUAUCUUGCUGCAGAACGGUUUUGACUUCUACGGCGCAACAUACUUCCCCACUGAGUUAGCUACUCCUGCCCAAGCUGCGAAAUUGAUUAAGCCAAGCAGAGGCUAUGUUUCUAGGGUGACCGGCGGGACACUUUCGGCCAGGGUUCGGGAUCUUCUGCCAGUAUUCGAUCAGCAGGGUUUCACGAAGUUCGCUCCGCCAGCAUCACGACUUCUAAAGCCUCGCGCCAAAUAAGAUAAUUGAUAAAACCAAAUAAGCCGAAAAUUGUUACCUAAUUUUCUGUUCUUACUCUACCUAAUUAUCUUUUUACCAAUUUUUUUCCUUACUAGACAUUAUUAGACAUCAUUUCUAUAGGUUAAAUUAUUUUUGUAGCGAGUACAGUAUUAAUGAAAACCUUAGUUAUUUUAUGAUUUGGUUGCUUCUGUAAUCUUUCUUGACGACAUCGACACUUUGAUAGUCUUAUCGUCUGCAAUUUUGAUAUAAUAUCCUGUAUUGCAAUAUCACUUAAUAAGGCAAGGUCGAAUGAUUACGUAUCUUUAAAUCCUUCAUUUAUCACUUCUAAAUUAUGUUACUCAAUUGCAUUAAUAAAGAUAGCAUUUUGUGUACCGUUUUGCAUUUAUAUUGUCCUAAUU